AUGUCCAAAAAUGGUGAUUGGUUUUGGGAGGUAGAAAAGAGACAGAAGCAAUUUGAUUAUGCCAAAAAGGUCUACGAAGCAAACAAAGAAUCUUUGAAAUCACAAAAGCCGGCAGCCCCACCUAAACCCCAAAGAUUUAUCACAGAGGAACAACAGAAUCGAAGAAAACUGGCCAUUGAGUAUGCGAAGUCAGUACCGAAACCGUUAGUGAAGCCAACUAUCCAGGCUGGAAGUUCGAUGCAGGAAAUUUCGCCAUCGUCGCAAAAUCAGUUACCAGCCAUUAUUCCCGGCAAAUCACAGAUCCGACCGGAAAGAGAUUUCAUUCUUUUUUCUUCUUUUUUCUUUUUGUUUUUGAAAGAAAGAGAUUUCAUUUUUUUUCUUCUUUCUUUCAUCCUGUUUUUGAAAGAAAGAGAUUUCAUUUUUUCUUCUUUUUUAUUUCUGCUUUUUGAAGAAAGAGCUUUCAUUCUUUUUUCUCCUUUUUUUCUUUCAGUUUUUGGAAGAAAGACAUUUCAUUCUUUUUUCCUAAUAAAGUGUUUGCUUUCUUUCUGCUGUGAAAGAGAUUACUUUCUUUCUUUCUCGAAAGAGAUUUCUUUCAUUCUGUUUUUGGAGAAGGUGAUUUCCUUCCUUUUGCUUUUUGAAAAAGUGGUUUCUUUAUUUCUGUUUUUGUAUGAAAGAGAGGGAUUUCUUCCUUUCUUUUCUCUUUCUUUCUUUCUUUCUUUCUUUUCUCUUUCUUUCUUUCUUUCUUUCUUUUCUCUUUCUUUCUUUCUUUUCUCUUUCUUUCUUUCUUUCUUUCUUUUUUCUAAAGGGAGGGAUUUCUUCUUUUCUUUUCUCUUUCUUUCUUACUUUCUUUCUUUUUCUUUCUUUCUGUUUUUGGAGAAGGUGAUUUCUUUCCAUUUGCUUUUUGAAGAAAGUGUUCCUUUAUUUCUUUCUGUUUUUGAAAGAAAGGGCAGAUUUCUUCCUUUUCUCUUUCUUUCUUUCUUUCUUAUUCUGUUUUCUUUUUUGUUUCUUUCUUUCUCUGAUUUUUUAUGGAAGCUAUUUCUUUCUUUCUUUUUUUCUCUUUGUGCGUCUUCAGGUAAGGCAUUUAUUUAUCUCUUUCUUAGCACAAAUCAAGGUUAA